GCUCGUGAAAGCACGGAGCAGGCGAGCGAGAAGUCUUCUCCCACGCAGCACCCCUGAGAUGCCCCCAGCCUGCCCGAUAAUCGCAGCGCAUCCAUAAAUUGUCACUGGCUAUCCCCCAUCGGCACUAGCGCCGUUUGUCGCUCCCUAACACGGGCCACUUUUCCGUGCAUCAGGCGAACACGACCCGAGCCCGUCAAGCCUGACAAGGGGGGCCAUCCCUCCUUUUUCUGGCUCACUUGCCUGGUCGCCGCUUUUUUAAUUUCAGCUUUGUCACGGCCGCCAACUAUCCGCCCAGGCCGGCAAAGAUUUCUGUCGCUAUUUCUCUUCCACCUCACCUUCGCCCAACUCGAUGGUCGAGGCAGUGGCCAUUGUCUCUUAACCCCUCCCCCAGCCAAGCGCCCAGACAGCCACCGAACAAGCACCAUCGACAGUUCUCGCCCCCCCCCAGGCCGUUCCCUCACCCUCCUGUCGCCCUUGUUCCUCGAGAACUCGAUACCUUAUCCCACUUUCGCACCAUGGCGGGAGCAGACGUUCGCCAGGCGCGGGCCGUCUCAGUCGCCUCGUCCAGCACCGAGAAUGGACUUGACGAGCAAGAAAAGCUGGCCAAGAUCGACCCUGCAGAUGAGAAGCGGGAUGACGUCGAGGCCGCCGACGAGCGCGAGGAUGCCGCCUUCCUCGAACCGCAGGAAGGCCCUGCCAAGCCGACGGAGCCGCCCAAGUCGAGCUUCGUCACCGCGUUGAUCUGGAUGGUCAUCAACACGCUUGCCACCAUUGGAAUCGUCUUCACCAACAAGGCAAUCUUCUCGGAUCCGUCGUUGAAGCUGGUACAGCUGACUUUUGCGGCCUUCCACUUCGUCGUCACAUGGUUCACCCUCUUCGUCCUCUCGCGCCCGCGCUUCAACUUUUUCCAGUCGCGCCGCGUCGGCAUCCGCGAGAUCGCCCCGCUCGCCGUGGCCAUGGCCCUCAACGUCAUCCUGCCGAACCUGUCGCUGGCCUUCUCGUCCGUCACCUUCUACCAGGUCGCCCGCAUCCUCCUCACGCCCUGCGUGGCUGCUAUGAACUUCAUCCUCUACAGGGCCACCCUCCCGCGCAACGCCCUGCUCAUGCUGAUCCCGGCCUGCGCCGGCGUCGGUAUCGUCUCGUACUACGACUCGCUACCGUCGGGCGAUGCCAACGUCAAGACGACCACGACCCUCGGCGUCAUCUUCGCCUUCUCGGGAAUCUUCGCCUCGUCGCUGUACACCGUCUGGAUCGCCAGCUACCACCGCAAGCUCCAGAUGAGCAGCAUGCAGCUGCUGUUCAACCAGGCCCCCGUCUCGGCCUUCCUCCUCCUCUACGUCAUUCCCUUUAUCGACACCUUCCCCACCUGGAGCAACGUCCAGUUCAGCCGCUGGGUCAUGAUUCUCAUGUCCGGUCUCUUUGCGUCCUUGAUCAACAUCUCGCAGUUCUUCAUUAUUGCGCAGACUGGCCCUGUGUCUAGCACGGUCGUCGGCCACGUCAAGACCUGCACUAUUGUUGCGCUAGGCUGGAUGACCUCUGGACGUGGUGUUGGCGACAAGUCGGUUCUUGGCGUCAUGAUUGCCGUUGGAGGCAUUGUCGGGUACUCUGUCGUCAUGCUCAAGGAGAACCAGAAGAAGGCCGCCCAGGGCGGAAGGUGAUUUGUUGGUGGUUGAUACCGAUCAGUCGGCCAAGCCGCUCUGCUUAAUUUCAUUCUUGAGGCGAUAGAGGUUUGGUGCAUUUCUUUUGUUGCCUUGUUUUGAUAUGUGCUGCCAAGCUAGGGUCAUGGAUGGUUCGUAGAGGUGUAAACGUGCCAGGUAGAGCUUGAUGUUUUCUGAUGCCCAGGAUCCUUUUAUACGGUGUGUAUCAUUCUCACCGCGCUGCCCUCUGAAAAAAUAAACAGAUAAGAAAAGAAAUAAUCAGCUACAACCAGGCCACUCGCUCUCCCGGGUACAAGAAAUGCCGCCCAAUGUGCCAUUCUAUUCCAAG